AUGGCGUGUAGAGCUAUCGGGAUGCUUUCAGUCUGCUCGUCGAAGAUCUCUCCCAUCCCAUAUCGUCUCUCUGUAGUCUUCAUCUUCGCCGUCAUCGUGAUAGCACCUGAGAUCGCGGCGGCCCCACCCUCCCCGACGUCGGAGUAUCUACAGGCCGCCGUUAAUCUCCAGGGACCCGCGCCGUUCGAUCUUGAGAUUGACGAACCGAGCAGAACCCAAGCGGGCCGCCGACCUCCUGAAGCAGUCCACGAGCUGGUAGCGAAGGUCGACGGCGUUCGUCGUAUGAAUAAGGUUGAAGGAGAGGGCGAGUCGGUAUCCGGAUGUGAUGGGCUCGACCUCGUACUCCAUAUCGGUGUACCAGGCGAGUGCCGUCAGUCCGGCCAGGCUGUGUGGAAUUUCCUCGGAUCGAGGUCUGCUGGUAUGGAAGUGACUCCAAGGCUCACAUACGUCGCGAACCAGUUUAUCCAUGAACGGUUUCCAAGCCGCGCUGCGAAAGUGGACCUAGUACACCAGAACGCAACUCAGAUACAGAAUCUAUGGAAAGACGAACACAUACCUUGGAACCAUCUAUCUCCCAUGAUUCCGCGUCGUCUUGUCUACACCGGUCUUCUUGGCCUUGCCGACUCCGGAGACUUUCGCAGCGUGCUUCUUGAUUGCGACGGCGUCCCGUGCGCCGAGGGGCAGUCCGACGAUACCGAAGUCGUCGAUGGUGAGAAGGGGAUUGGAAAUUCUUGCUCCGACCACGACUUAUGA